UGAAUUUUCCAGGUCCUGGUGAAGGUUAGUGCCAAGCAAGAAAGUUUGAAGUUCAGAGAAUUUUAUGCAACACAAGGAACUUGACAUGCAACUGCCACAAACCUUUGUUUUCCCAGAAACCAUUCAGAAGAAUGGUGAAAGAAGAGUUCAGAUGGAGAAAAUGGAACUGAUGAAAAAAGAAAGGCUGGGAAAUCACCCACUUUGUCACUGCAGACCCCUACCAAUGAAAUGGAGUGUUUUGAUGACCGGAAAAAAGUUGAUGUUGCUAGGACCAAGAGUAGCACAGAUAGUCCAGUCCUUACAAUCAAGAGUGACUCCAAGAUUGAAAGGAAAAAACGUGCCUCAAAUCAGCUGAAGGCAAACACACACUUUCAUAAGCUGUUUCUAGAUGUUCCCAUUGAUGAGCCACUGAAACAAAGCUUUACCUGUGCUCUGCAGAAAGAAAUUCUGUACCAAGGAAAGUUAUUCCUUUCUGAAAACUGGAUUUGCUUCCAUUCUAAGGUUUUUGGUAAGGACACCAAGAUUAGUAUACCUGUGCUGUCUGUGACACUUCUGAAGAAAACCAAAACUGCCCUUCUUGUGCCAAAUGCUCUGAUCAUAGCAACAGUGACAGAUAGGUACAUGUUUGUCUCACUACUCUCCAGAGAUACCACCUACAAGCUAUUAAAAUCUAUCUGUAGACAUCUUGAUGAUACAAGCAUGGGCAACAGUCCAAAUCCCUCUUCUGCAGAAAGCAGUUUCAGGGCUGAUCGCCCUAGAACUCUGCCCCUGGAUUUUAACGAAGAUUAUUCUGAUCUGGAUGGAAUAGUGCAGCAGCGAAGACAAGAGAUGGAAGAGUCCAGCAGCACUGGCUCACAGACACCAGAGCUGGAAUGCUUCCAGGAUUAUCACGUUGUUGAAGCAGAGACUCACUUGAAAGUUUCCAAGCCUGAGGCCAAGUCUGUUCGUUCAGAUGCACAUAGUAAACGUGGGCCUGAUGGAAAAGCCCAAAAUGGUCAUUCUGAGGCCUUUAGGUUCCUCCACAAAGUGAAGUCCCAGAAGCUCUUGUCUCUGAACCAUGUACUUGUAUUUUAUGCAAUUCUUGUUUGUGUUUUAAUACUUUCUACCUUCUACAUGAGAUAUAAAAUCAGUGUCCUGGAGGAACGCCUUAUGUCCAUGACAGCCUUUGAUUCACAUAUUAAGGAACGUCAAGUGAACCAAGAUUUGGGAUCUCACCUGCAAAUUAAUGCUGAUGCCCUUUGUGAUGAGUUAACUGCUAACCUCAGAAAAUUGGAAAAGAUACAGAACAACUUACAAAAGCUACUUGAAGAUGGUGAAUGAAACAUCAGUGUUCUUGGACUGCUUCAGACCUCAUUCUUCUGUAUUGACAAACUGUUCCAAAGGAGCUCUGCUGGCCAGAGUUCAAGUUAAUUCUUUAUUUUCAGUCCAAGCCAAGUUUAAACUACUGUAAAGCUCAUGUCAUCAUGCAGAAAAUCAGUUGAUUCUUCAGAAUGUAUCUAUAUAUUUUGAAAACAUAUAUGGUUUGAUCUAUAUGUAUCUACGUUUUAAAAAUGUGGGGAUUUUUCUUUCUCUAUUGUGUGUGAAUUAGUGGAUUUUAUAGCUUGCUUGAUUUUAGAGUUGCUUACACCAGUGAAAACCUGGUGCGUAUCCUUUUACCUCAACAUUUACUUUAUGCCUAUUGUCAUACAAAUAUAAAUGUGAAGAACAUCAGUCAUGAUUCAGGUACUGAAGUGUUGUGUGAAUGAACAGAUAUCUGUUUUAGCUAUGAUUAUGGGUUGGUGCUGUGCUCUUCAUUUUUACUUCCUUCUCUACACCCUGACAUCCCGAAGAUCAGAAAACAAGACACCUCUGUUUGGGUAUGCGACGCUGUAUCACCACUGAGGGUAAGAUCUGUUUUUACUGGGCAUUCAGGUUCCAUUGAAGUCAAGCUUGAAAUCUGUAUGGACUUGCCAAUUUACAAUCAAAUUGCUUAUGAAUAGCAAUAUGGGUGUGACACACCUGAACAGCUUAGAAAAACUGCUAGUUUUCUGUCCAUUCAUAUGGUCUCUGUCCUUAAAGUUAAUCAGUGUGAAGAUCCUCAGUCAGCUUUACUUGCAGUUGCAUGGGGUUUUGGUUGGCUGAGCAAGUGCAAUUUGUAGUCCAGUAAAUGGAAAUCUAGUCUUGGUAUGUGACUCUGGGGACUGGAUAUUUCCAUGUAAUGAGAACUGGCAAAUUAAUUGUGCAGCAAUACAAUCAGAAGAGUGAAUGAAAAAGUGGACACCUGCUUUGUUAUAUCACAUACUGUUUUUUUUCCAGAGUGCCUAAGAUGGGGAUUUUAGCUUUCUCAUUCACCAAGCAGGCUCAUUAGUUUUUAAAAAGCAAUAUUUAGGAUAAUAACUACUAUCUGUGAAGUAACAGUAUUGUUCAUAAUAUGCUAUGCAUUUUAUAACCAUUUCUGUGAAAUGUACCUGCUUUGUUUAAAUAAACUUUUUU